AGUAUAUUAUAAUUCUCUUUGCGCAACCGAUUUUUUAUUUGUCAACAACGAAUCAAAUACAUAAUUGAAUUUAAUUACUGGUCUAAUAUUAUUACAAUAUCGAGUUUGAUAUCGAGCUUAUACAAUUUCGUGAUAUUUUUAAGCUUUCUUAUAAAAGCGAAUUAAGAAGGGAAACCUUUAGUUGGUACCGAAAUGAGGACUAAAAAUCCAAUGGCAAAAAAACCUCAACAGAUUUUAUUUUCUAAGAACACAUAUGGCUCACAUGUUAAAGUAGAGAAUUGGGACUUUGCUAACCAUGCUGAGAAGAAAGAUAAUUAUGUAUACAGGGACAAAUUAAGUAACCAUUUGAGCACAUAUGUCCGUUGGGGUAAUGAGGACCAAGGAGUGAAAGUGACGGAAACUCGCCACAUGCUUGCUGAAGUAUUCACCAGGACAGAUCCUGUAUAUUCUUUUAAACCGCUAGUAAAUUUUACAUCCUAUCCGUGUACGGACACACCAGGACGAAAUAAGUUGAUGAAGAAUGCGGACUUGGCACAAUUACCUCCGGAUUUUGGUAUAAUGGAUUACUUGUCUACUCAACAAGAUGACUACAGAAAUCCAUUUCCAUCUGUUACCAAACCAUUGACUAUGGCGUCGCCGACGUGGUUACUGAAUAGAGUUAUCCGCUCAGAUCUGACACACAGCGGCGGCACGGCACCGCCGCCUGGCGACUACCAGUGUAUGGAUACUCACACUCCUAUUGGUCACAUCCGACAAAUGCGACUUUUCCGUUAUCAAUCAUUCAACCCCGCAACUUGUUUGCAAGAUUUUCCCAGGAUUAACACCAGAUUAGACAGCAAUUAAAAUACCAUACAGAUAACUUUUUGAGUUACUUAUUAUUUCGUAAUAUAAAAAAGGCACAAACAAAAAUCCAAAGUAGUAAAAUAACAAAAUUGGCAAAUAAUGUAACAAAUAUUGAAAAAAACAUACAUAUUGAAAAAAUUGAAAUAAUAUUUAACUAAAGUUUCAAUUUUAUUGUUAUUAUUUUAUUAUUGUUUCACCACUAUUUCAUUCAAAAAUAUAUUGAUGGUCUUACAACAA